CUGAGACUUGUCUGAAGAUUAUUGACUAGAAGCACCUCUUAGAAAGCGAGCUAAUUCGUCUCGGUUGACUUCAGAAACUUUGAUUUUCGUGUUUCAAAUGGUUACACAUUGUUCAUCCAAUUGCUCACCUUUUUAAGAGCAUCAUCACUCUUCCUGUAGUCCAAUUCAGGGUUAUCAGCGGAUAGAGAGGAAGGGUUGUAAAUUGGCUAGCAAAUCUAUCCUGUAGGAAAAAGCCUUGUCAAUAAUGACCAACUGAACAACAAUUCGAAAUGCUCUCCAUACCGCUGAAGGGCAUCGAAUGUGGGACACUUGUUCUCAAGGUUGUUGGUGGAACUAACCAGUUUUCGAGACUUGGGAGAUAUUUAUGUGGUCUGAUGACGAAUCUUCACCUAGAAAAACUAACGUUGCUAGUUUUUUGGGUCACCAAAACAACCUAGUCGAAAAAACGGCUGAGGAUCUUUGUUGCCUUGCUGAUCCUGUUUGGGAAUUAUUGGACCCACUACCAGAUAUCAGAUUGCUGUUUUCCUCAUUCGACAGUCAGUUCUUCGGAAAUUCUCUCGGAUGUGUAGAAGUCAAAUGGAGCUCCCGGAUGACUCUUUGUGCAGGAGUUUGCAAAUUUCACAAACCUUAUGGAAUGUGUUCCAUCAGCCUAAGUGAACCCCUACUAAAAUUUAGACCGCGAAAAGAUCUCGUGGAGACUCUGUUGCAUGAAAUGAUUCAUGCAUUUUUGUUCAUAACAAGGAAGGACAAAGAUCGUGAUGACCAUGGACCAAAUUUCAUAUCGCACAUGCAUCGCAUCAACUCGUUGGCUGGAGUAAAUAUUACUGUUUACCAUGCAUUUCAUGAUGAAGUUGAUACAUAUCGCACUCACUGGUGGCGUUGUACCGGUCCAUGUCGCAACCGUCCACCAUACUUCGGCUAUGUUAAACGUUCUAUGAAUAGAGUACCUGGCCCCAAGGAUACUUGGUGGGGUCAGCAUCAAGCUACAUGUAUAGGUAAAUUUGUAAAAAUCAAGGAACCAGUGAAGAAAGUUCCAUCUAGACGAAAAACUUCAUUUGAAUCCAGUUCAAAAGACCAAUCUACAUCAAGGCAGUUGAAUGUCAAGCUUUUAACUACUCUCUAUUUCCUGGUGAUUAGUUGAACGAGAGGUCUCCACAAAUAAUCAUCAAAUUCCAAACAGCUGGCCGUAUUAUGCCGUGGGCAAAUAGAACCGUAAUUUAUACAAAAAGUAUUCUACUAAUACAUUGUGCGUUUGCUAUAUUUAACAAAUAACCAACCAAAAAUGAGAAAUUGUGGGUUAAUAGUCAGAGGACCCUUCUUUCAGUUGAUGGGUUUUACAUUUUAUCUUUGGUUUGUUUAUUUAGGUUUUUGUAGCUUGGUGGUAUAAAUAAACUUCACACAAAAAUCCGACUGAAAUUUGAGUGGAGGGACCUGUGCUUGUCUACGAAGUACCGUAUAAACAUGGAAAUACUGUUUUGUUUGUUGUCAGACCGUCUCAGGACUCUUAAAAUAAAAAAAGUAUAUAUCGUUCUUCACAGUAUUAUGCUAGAGGAUAACUGAACUACCUAACCUAAUGUUUGACCACCAUGAUAGUGAAUUAAAUAUAUAAAUUAAUCCUCAAAUAAUAACGGCGCAGAGAUCUAGCCAUAAAUUGUAGUACAAACUGUUUCUCAUUAGUUAGUCCAUUUGUUUAUCCUCAAGUGAACCUUCAAAUUCUUGAUUGAUUCCAACAAAUCCAAUGAAUGUAUUUUGUGAUAUCCAUUUUCUCAAGAUUAUGCUAUAUCAGUUUUGUUAUUUUCGUAACAAAUGUCUUAAUAAUACGGAGGGUUAUAGUUGAAUCUAUUGUAACGUGUGGUGUCUGAAAUCUGAUACUGAUACACGGUGUGCUAUGUGCUGACCCUCCCAAGUGACUACUCGAUCGAAAACACAAUAAUGAGCGACAAUGUGCAUUGGACUACUGAAUACUCAUUUAUAUAUAUAACACUCUAUCUUUAAGAAAUCGACCUGUUUUUGUAGGUUUAAUUCGUUUUCUCGUGUUACAAAUUUAACCGAUCUACUGUACUUACGGACAUUCAUCACAUUUCAGGGAAAUAUCUUAUUUCCAAACGUUUACGGAUUGAGUAAACAAUGAUCAGUCAGUCAGUAACAACGUAGAACUUCGUAUGUACGUACAUCAGUUCGAGUUGCCACACCACAUUAGCACAGAGAUGCAGUGGUCGAUUCAAAUCCCGUAGUGGUACAGGUAGCAAGAGUAUAAGCAGUAAUCGGAAGAUUAGGGUUUGGAGAUGUUAUUUAAAUAGUAUAAUCCAGUGAAACAAAUUUGGAAAGAGGAAAAAAGGGACAUGAAGAAUUCAGAAGAUUAGAAUUUGGGAGGACACAAAGAGUGGAUGCACCUGCGCCAUUGCAAACGA